UUCUAGCUCAAAAGCAUGGAACUUAGUACAGAGCAGAAAGCAGGCAGACAGGAAGAAGACAGCCAAAGAGAAGCAAGUAGUCGGUGGGGAGGGGAAGAGGUUAGGGCCUUACUCGUGGUGUGGAGGGAGAGAGAGGCCUGGGACGAGGCUGAGAGCAAGGCCAAGUAUGAAGCCAUCUCGAGCCGCCUAAAAGAGAUGGGUGUGAACAAGGACUGGCUGAGCUGCCAGACACAGAGCAGAGCGAUGGCACUACCCGAGUGGAGGCCUCCGGCCAUCCGUACAUCCAUGGACAGCACCACUGUACCCCAAAGGUCUUACGAGAUGGACGAGGAACAGACCAGUCCCGUCAGCAGGAGACCGGGCAACUCUUCUCUGAGCAACUUUCAGGAGGGGAGUGCAGAUCAGCAUUUUGUUUCCCUCUCAGGUAUGGAGGGAGGGAGACACUGGUCUGAUAAAGAGAUUCGGGCUCUCCUUAACAUCUGGGCUGACCGGGAAAUGCAGGUGCGGCUACAGAGCACCCACCGAAACAAGGCCAUCUUCCAGGAGAUGGCCCGUCGCCUGGAACUCCAGCACGGAGUGGUGCGGGACUGGAGACAGUGUCGCACCAAAUACAAGAACCUGAAAUAUGACUACAAGGUCAGCAAGAACCAAGGUCGAACUAUGCGCUUCUUUGCAGAGGUGGAUGCAAUCCUGCAGGGCAAGGACAUGGAGGAUUUUCUAGAUGAUGAAGAGGAUUCUCCCAGGAAAGGAACAGAGGGAGACCAGGCAGAUGAAAGAAGAGAUUCAGGAGAAGCUCACUACAUUAAGAUUGAUGAUGACGAGAGUCUGGCAGAUAUGCAAACAAUAAUAAAUACUGGUUCGCAUCACCUCAUCACAAAAGAUCCAGGUUCCAGCAUAUCACCAGGGGCUAGAAGAACUUCAGAUGAUGAGAACGUGAUCACGGUCCAUGACUCGGGCCGAAACUGGUCUGAGGAGGAAGUGGCAGCGCUGCUUAAUAUCUGGUCUGAGGAGGGAAUCCAACAGCAGCUGCAAGGUUCGACCCGAAACAAGGACGUGUUUGUGCAAAUAUCACGCCGGCUCCUUCAGCAGGGUGUAGAGAGGGACUGGAAGCAGUGUCGUACCAAAUACAAGAACCUGAAAUAUCUGUACCGAUCCUUGCAGAGGGGCAAGGCGGAUAUCGGAGACACUCGGCGUAUCAUGAAGUUCUACAAACAGCUAGACAGCAUUCUGUCCCAACCAGUCAGAGGCCUGUACAGAAACUCGGUGAUGUUCAGUCCAACAUUAGACGAGCACUCCAUCUGCGAAAUGCCUCCACAUGAGGACAGCGACAUCAUUGCCAUUGGGUAUGAUCAGGAGCCCAUGGACGAUACCAUUUUGAGAAGGUCUCCAGGCUUCAGCGCCAGAUCUUUCCAAAACGAGGCUAGAACAGACAGCAUUUUGAGGCCAGAUGAACUUGCUGAGGUGGAAUAUGAAACAGAGGAUCAGUUAAAUGGCAUGCUGGUGAGGUCAAAAGACAGCGUUCAGACAAGAUAUGAGGAACAACCUUUGUCCAGUCAUUCCGUCACAGCAGGUACAUAUGGACGAGGCCAGGAAUAUAAAGUAAACAUAGGUAACACAGAGACAACAUUUACAGAAAGAGAGCAUGCCGGGUCACGAAGAGGAAAAAAGCGGAAGGCCACAGAGGAAGAUUACAGCGUUUUCAGUAAAAGGUUUCAGGAGUGUGUUGAUGAUGGAGACAGCAGCACAGACUGGUCUGAGCACGUGGACUAUCAGUGCAAAGAAGAGCAGGAUCAAUACAUUCCGAUUAUGGAGAUCAGUUCUGUGCGCUCUAUGGCUGACAUUCCUGAUAACCUGCUGUGUUGGCCACUCGCCUGCAGCAACACAGCCGAAAACCCCACAUUCCUCUCCGAUUCCGGAUUCUUCAAACUCCAUAUCCAACACAACUUCCCACAAAAUCUACAAAAAACUACAAAACGUUACUCCCCACGCUGCCCGAAAAUCUCCCAGUCCAACCACGUGUUGCUUCAGGCAACCGUUUAUGAUGGAAUUGUCGUAACCUGGAUUGUCUGUCGAGAUUUGACCCUUUUUUCCCUCGUCAAACCUCACGUGUUUCCUCCAUUCAGCGCCCCAGCGCACUGCCUGCAGGACAACAGAAUUGUAUCCGAAAUGGCGUCGACAGGAGAUCUGAAGCUCGGCAAAAAGCUCAGCGAGGGCAAGACCAAGCAGAUCUUUGAGCUGCUGGACAUGCCAGGCCAGGUUCUGGUCCAGUCCAAAGACCAGAUCACGGCGGGGAACGCAGUGAGGAAAGACCAGAUGGAGGGCAAGGCAGCAAUCUCCAACAAGACCACUAGCUGCAUCUUCAAGCUCCUGCAAGAAGCUGGAGUUAAGACUGCAUUUGUAAAGCAGCAGUCGGAGACGGCAUUCAUAGCCAGCCACUGUGAGAUGAUCCCCAUCGAGUGGGUGUGUCGACGCAUCGCCACAGGCUCCUUCCUUAAAAGGAAUCCAGGAGUGAAAGAAGGAUAUCGCUUCUCACCACUGAAGAUGGAGAUGUUUUAUAAGGACGAUGCCAAUAAUGACCCGCAGUGGUCUGAGGAGCAGCUCCUAGCGGCCGGGUUCGAUCUUGGCGGCGUGAAGAUCGGCCGCUGUGAGGUGGACAUUAUGAGCAAGAGCACUGUGGCCAUCUUUGAGAUCCUGGAGAAGGCCUGGGCCACCCAGAACUGCACUCUGGUGGAUAUGAAGAUCGAGUUUGGAGUGGAUGUGACCACCAAGGAAGUUGUGCUGGCUGACGUGAUCGACAACGACUCAUGGAGACUCUGGCCAGCUGGAGAUCGCAGCCAACAGAAAGACAAACAGGUUUAUCGUGAUUUAAAAGAGGUCACACCUGAGGCCAUGCAGAUGGUCAAGAGGAACUUUGAAUGGGUGGCUGAAAGAGUACAGCUGCUCCUGGAGCCGCAGACGAGCGGGAGAGUUGUUGUACUGAUGGGCUCUACAUCCGACAUGGCUCACUCCGAGAGGAUUCGUAAAGCUUGCGGCUCGUACGGGAUCAACUGCGAUGUCCGAGUCACGUCUGCACAUAAAGGCCCUGAUGAGACGCUGCGCAUCAAAUCGGAAUACGAAGGUGAUGGUGUCCCAACCAUUUUUGUAGCCGUUGCAGGGAGGAGUAACGGUUUGGGUCCGGUGAUGUCCGGAAACACAGUGUAUCCUGUCAUUAACUGUCCUCCUGUUACAUCUGACUGGGGGGCACAGGACAUCUGGUCAUCUUUACGCAUGCCCAGUGGUCUGGGCUGUUCAACAGUUCUGUCUCCAGACGCUGCUGCCCAGCAUGCUGCUCAGAUCCUGGGCCUGACUGAUCACCUGGUGUGGGCUAAACUGCGUGCCUCCAUGCUCAACACCUGGAUCUCACUGAAGCAGGCUGACAAGAAGCUUCAGCAGUGCAGCAUCUAAACACUAAGCACUUGUUUUAUUUUUGAGCCAUUCCUGCUGUUUAACCAUUCCAUAAAACACUACUGCUAAAGCAUUCAUUUUCACAUGAUUGAGGCUUGUGGUCUAGAGUCUGAAUAUAAUCUCAGCUGUAGAUGAAACUAAUAAAUACAUUUACAGAAAACA